AUGCAUAUUUUCCUCUUCCCCUCUUUUCUCCUCCUCCUCCUCCUCCUCCUCGCCCUCUCACACCCCCUCUCAGCACUCACCGUCCCCAUCCCCAUCUCUUCCCAAGCUCCAAACGACACCGACAUCCACCCUCCCCGAACCCCCUCUAUUCCUCCAAACUUCCACACAUACUUCACACCGCACCCACCCCCUCGCCUCCCCCUCCGCUCCACCAUCGUCGCGGCCCUCACCACCCUCGCCACUUUCGCUACACGCCCGUAUGAUGAAGAACUCGUCUCCGGCUUCACUUACAGCCACGACAUCUACCUGUCCAUCUCCCCGUCAAAUGACCCGAGGCUCAGGGGGGAGUUUGUGGCCAAGGUGGCUAUGUGGGGGGUAGUGGGGUGUGCAUGGGAGGUCGGAGCGGGGGCGGGGGCAGCUUUAGGGGCAAUGGCCGGGAGCUGUGGGUUCGGGUUUGAGGACGAGGGGGAGGGGCACAGGCGGGAGGAGAUCGGAACAGUACUUUUUGCGAAGGAAAGACCACGGGCUGGGAUUGGGGCGGAGGGCGAUGAUGGCAGCUGCGAUGGAGUUGCUGACGGUGGAGGACUUGCGGGUGCGAAUCUUACCGCCCGAUCCAACACCACCAUCACCACGACCAUAAACUCUUCCGGCUCAGCAUCCGACAUCUGCGCCCACGCUGGCCGCAUAACAGCCUCCAUAACGCCCAUCGGCCGCCCCAACGAGUUUGCCGUCGGCAUCACGCUCAUGGAAGCCCUCCUCGUCCUCGCGGCGCAGCAGCCACGCUUCACCCACUUAGAUACUAAUCAAAAAUGGGAGUAUGUGUGCGUAGGGCAGGAGUAUGCUGUGAGCCUAGCGGCGAGGGCGACGGUGGAGUAUUGGAUGCUUGCUGAGGGGCUUGCGGAGAUUGCGAGCGCCGGGGCAUGGGGGCCGAGCGCCAUUAGUGUGUACUUGACGACGUGGAAGGAGGGGAUAGCGGAGAAGAAGCUUGUGUUGGGGGGAAUCAUUGAGAGGAGGGUCUGGGGGUCGAAUGGGUAG